AUGGAGAAAGAGAUUGCAAAAUUGAGACAGCAACUUCAAGAAGAGCAUCGCCGACGCGAGCUGGCCGAAUCGGCUGCAGAAUCAUCACGGCGGCAAGCUUUACAGGAUUAUUUGCAAGCUUGCCACUCGCUCAGCCUUGCCAUUCAGGUGGUCACUGACCGUUCAAUGACCACACAAGGUGAUACUACCAAACCAGCCGGCAGGCUCUUCCCGCAGCGAACUAUCCCAUGGGACAGCUCCGCGACCCAACAGGAAGAAAUCUGGAACCAAGUCUCGAUUAGUAGUGAUUUUCACUCUCGAGGCGUCUUUCCAUCUGCACACCAGCUUGAAUACGAGCGAUCAUUGAUCGCUCCAAUCAGUGGAGAGAUUGAACUUCGGAAUUACGAACGGGACACGGUGGAGAAUACUGUUCAGAAGCUGGUGAAUGCAGUAUACGACGACGAGCUGCUGCGAAACCAACUUGGACUUCGAGGAACGGUGACAUUUGGGAGCCACACGAACCUUGGGCAGACUAACAAUAGCUCGAUUAACGAAUCGAUGGAGCAGAUGUCGAUCAGUGAAGACAAUUCAGACGAUGCUGAUACGGUAGCGCAAAAAAGGCGCAAGGGAAAAAUCUCAGCACAUGAUCGACACCAUAUGCAGUCACGAAGUCCCAAAGGCCCCCUCGCAAUAGAGUACAAAGCGCCACACAAGCUGAGCCGGGAUGAGAUUGUGACAGGGUUGGACUCCGAGAUCCAACCGGAGCGGGACGUGAUAAACAAAGAAGGUGAUAACUUUGCAUUUACAUCGAAAUCUUUAGUUGCUGCGGUCAUUACCCAGCUCUUCUCAUACAUGAUCGGCAAGGGAAUCCAAUAUGGAUAUGUGUGUACUGGAGAAGUCUUUAUCUUCCUCCAUAUAUCGGAUGAUCCUACUGUCGUCUACUAUUCUGUGUCGGUGCCAAAUAUUGACUUCCAAGAGGAUGAUGAGAAUCGGUUCCAUCGCUCGGCUGUUGCACAAGUCUUCGCCUUCAUCAUCCGCGCCCUUCUCAAGGAACCACCGCCCCAGUCAUGGCAUGAGAAGACCUUGACCUUGGACAUAUGGGAGGUGGAAUAUAUUAACGUUUUGAAGAAUAUCCCCAGACAGUUCGCAAACAUCACUCUCCUUCCCCUUAUAAACCUCAACAUUGGCGGGGCUUUAAACGCUCGCCGAUUCGAACGCGCUCUCGCUUGCUCAGCAGCAUCCGCAGGCAACACAGAGGGAAAUUCAAAAAGCAAGCGCGGACAAUGCAAGGAAGGCGGUCAGAAGACACAGCGCCCGCUGCAGAGUAUAGAUGACCGGUCGUUUUGCACUCAACAAUGCCUCUUAGGAUUGGCGUAUGGUGGUGCAAUGGAUUCUGAAUGUCCCAAUUCCGAUGAUCAUGGAAUGGAGCAUAUCAGCCGAACAGACUUCCUCCAUCUUGUUCGUUCACAGCUGGCCCAGGACCGUGGACCAGAGGCGGAUUGCAGGCCGCUUUACUUAUCUGGUUCACGUGGGGCAUUAUUUAAAGUACGAUUAUCCUCGCAUGGUUAUACGCUAGUUGCCAAGGAUGUAGAGAGAUGUGACCGUAGUCUUCUGCAACGCGAAAACAAAUUGUACAAUCGACUUCGCACCAUCCAGGGAGGCCACAUCCCAGUAUGCCUCGGCCUCACAGAUCUGGAUAUACCAUACUACUACGACUCUGGCAUAUAUGUUUCCAUUCUAUUGCUAGGCUGGGCUGGACAGCCGUUGUUGGAGUGCAUCGACCAGGAUAACAAGGAGCGCCUCCAAAACAAAGUGGCUAUAGCCUUCACUGCGUUACACCGUUUGCAUGUCCUACAUCAUGACGCAGAGCUGCGUAACAUUGUAUACGAACUGAAAGAUCGUCUUAUGAUAGUUGAUUUCGAACGAGCAGAGUUCCGAGGUCGUUAG